CUAACGGGACAGGUUCCAGGGCCCCUCUCGAGGGUCAGCUGGAGGCGGUCGCUGUGUCCCGGCUCUCUGGUUGCAGACUUGUAGACCUUAGUUCGUGGAAGGGCCUGUGUCGGCUUGGGGAUAGGUGCGUGGAACUCUGCAGGGUUGACGACGACUAAGUAGCCUUAGAGCACAAAGAAAACCGAGAGAGUUGCACUCUUCACACCGUACCCUGCAACCCGGUUUUCAGAGCAGGCCUCCGUUAAAGCAGAUCUCUAAGCCAGAGCUCGGCUGAGAAAGGUGGCGUCAGGACGCAGCAUGUCAAGAAUGUGCCAGGCCAGUACAUCCAUCUUUCUGUAGUGAUGGUUCUUUACCUUAGCAGGAUAUUGAACUCAAGUGGGGAUAUUUUAAAAAUACUGAUGCCUGGGUCUUCCUCCCAGAGACCUGAUGUAAUUGGCCCAAGUAUCCAGACAUUGUAAGAUCUUCUCUGGUGAAACUUUAGAAUUGUCUGGACUCUACAUCAUUAGGAAGUAAAGAGGGGGGUUCAGAAUCGGGCUCAGGCAUCAGUAACUUUUUAGAAAAUGUCCUGCUGAUGCCAGUGUAUGACCCAGGUUUAAAACUAUUGUUUUAUUUAAAAAUCUACACCUGGAAGUUUUUUGUUUGCAAAAUUUUUUCUCUUGCUUGGAAUUUAGCAUAUCCCUCCAGUAUAGAAUCGCCUUCACUGAAAUGUGCUUUGGUGAGAUGUUCGCGUUCUGUGUUGAGGGAAUUGGGAGAAACAAUCCCACAGAACUCAUUGCUGCGACUACUGAAAAGAUGUUCAUUAUAUUACUCUCUCCUCUUUAUGAGGACCCUUGGGAGGAAUCUGUCUGUUAGCAUUAGAUAUGGUGGACUUCUCCUGAACAGUUUGCUUGCUUUUAUCUUUAAACUUGCCUAGCUGAUCAAAUUUCUCCUUUUCUAUAAAAGCCAGAAAGCUUAGUGACAAACUUGCGGUCCACCUAUGACAGGUGUAUGGGUUUUGAUGGGUGCAUUUUUGGUAACCUAUUACUGCAUCUGUUUUUGCCCCUAUGCUUGUUUGGUUUGUCUCCUACCUACUUGGACUUGGUUGUCUCACUAGAUUUUGGGUAUGGCUGUCGCCUGUUUCUUUUGGAAAUGGGGUAUAAACAUGAGGAGGAUUAUCAAGUCAGUCUUUAUCAUUAAGUUAAGAAGAGGAAAGAGGAUGAGAGUGUGUAUGUGGGGUGGACACCGUAUGUGAAACCACGAGUCGUUCAUGUCGAUCCUCUGAAAGCGUGGGCUCUAGACUUGGGGUGACCUGCACUGCAGGACUUGUCCCUUGGGAGCCACAAAGGCGGCUAGCAGAGGGCUUUCUCAGUGACCUGGAGCAGGGUGGUUUCAUGUCGGUUUUCAGUGUUGUGAUGGAGAGAGAGAGAACAUUUCAAUGGCGGGGGUAUGCCGAGAGAUCUCGGAGCACAGAGGACUUCACUCAAACUUGAGUGACCAAAAGUGAGCGCAGUCCCCACUUUCUUUGUCCUCGUGUGAGUCAGGAGCACCUCCUCUACCUUUCCACAUUAGGUACACAGGCUCAAAAUCAAAGGAGUGGUUUUCCUUUCUUUUUCCUUAGUUACUGCCAACCCAGCCACAAAGUAAAACUUUUACCUACUGAUUCAGAUGUCUCACAUUCACCUCCUCUGUUCUUGCUGCCUUAGGUGAAAUCUUGGAUCCUUUUAUUGUUUGGACUGAGGUAUCUCCUGAAAUCUCCUGGGUGAGACAAGGCAGGAAUACUCAGAGGUAAAAUGAUUGUACUGUGAGCAUGGUGGCAUGCUCAGUGGAUCAGGCCGUUGCAUGGAUGGGCAGUUCGGGGUGGGGGCUGCUGUACUGGGUGCCGACUGGCAGGUGAGGCAGUAGGUCACUAGCAGCAUGCUUUGGGGUUUGCAUUCUGUCUCUGGUGCCGUGUCUUCUCUGCUUCUUGGCUGCCAGCACUGAGCAGCGUUGCUCCACCACACCCUUCCACCACCCUGGUCUGCCUCACCUUGGGCCAGAGGAAUGGAGCCAACCGAUCGUGGACUGAACCUCUGCGCCUGUAGAGUGGAACCCCCAGCUGUUGGAGGCCCCACCCCAAACUCAGUUUGAUUACACUGUCACCGAUCUAGCUGGUGGCCCGAAACCACAUUCUCCUUACGACUCUCAGUACAGCAGGACCACCUUGAAGGGGGGCAUGUUGGCUGGGCAGCUGACCAAGGUGGGCAUGCAGCAGAUGUUUGCCCUGGGAGAGAGGCUGAGGAAGAACUAUGUCGAAGAUGUCCCCUUCCUUUCGCCAGCUUUCGACCCGCAGGAGGUCUUUGUUCGCUCCACCAACAUGCAUCGGAAUCUGGAGUCCACUCGAUGUUUGCUGGCUGGGCUUUUCCAACGUCAGAAAGAAGGACCUGUCGUCAUCCACACUGCUGAGGCAGACUCGGAGGUGUUGUACCCCAACUACCAAAGCUGCCAGAACCUGAGGACGAGGAUCAGAGGCCGGAAGGAGGCUGCUACUUCGCAGCCACAGAUCUCAGAGGAUUUGAAAGAGGUGAAGGAAGGGAUGGGCCUCGACAGUAGCAUGGAAGUGGACUUCUUCAUUCUCUUAGACAAUGUGGCUGCUGAACAGGCACACAGCCUCUCAAGCUGCCCCGCUCUGCAGAGAUUCGCCCAGGUGGUUGAGCAGAGGGCCGUGGACACAGCCUUGUACGUCCUACAGCGGGAAGACAGGGAAGGCCUUCAGAUGGCAGUGGGCCCCUUCCUGCACAUCCUGGAGAGCAGCCUGCUGACCGCGGUGGACCCUGCCACUCCGCCCAGCCAGAGGAGAAAGCUACACCUCUAUGCAACUCACGAUGUGACCCUCAUCCCUCUCUUAAUGACCCUGGGGAUUUUUGACCACAAGUGGCCCCCGUUUGCUGCCGACCUGACAGUGGAACUCUACCAGCACCAGCAGUCGAAGGAGUGGUUUGUGCAGCUCUAUUACAACGGGGAGGCGCAGGUGCCAAGAGGUUGCCCCGACAGACUCUGCCCGCUGGACCAGUUCUUGAACGCCAUGUCAGCCUACACCUUAAGCCCAGAAAAAUAUCACGCCCUCUGCUCCCAAGCACAGGCCGUGGGCAGUGGGGAGUGACCGACUUAGCCCAGUUGAUGUCUAACUAGAAUGUCUUCACGCCACGCCUCCACUCUGUGUGUUUCCUCCCCCAGCUCUGGCGAGGCCUCUUUCUGAAAGAAAAAAGGGCAUAAUGUGGAGACCAAGGGGUUCUGUCUAAUUUGUGGCUUCAUUUCUAAGCUUGUGCCGUCUUCUCAGCAUUCUCACUGGUCUCCCCCGCCAAAGUGAGGGCCAGCCAUCACAGGCCCGGCCUGGUCGCCUUCUGCACUCUAGCCAUCCUAACCUUCUCCCUGAUUCUUUGUAGAGAUUUUUCUUAAUAGUGAAUUAAAAGUUUCUAUUAAUUAUGAACA